AUGCUUGGCAAAACUUUACUGAGUGUUGGCGCGCUGCUCGCGGUUGGAAGUGCGGAUGUUGCACCUGGUUUCCCCAUCCCGGCUUCGGCGCAACUCAGUGUAUCGUAUGGCAAUAAUACGGUUUCUCCCCCUGGGGAACUGAUUCCUCGUCCUGGUAUGUAUUGGAAGGUUUUACUCACCCCCUCCUGGUCCUCAUCCCCCGGCGUCCUCUUAAUGGUCGACCUCGACGUCCCCCUCAACGGCACCCGCGUCCAACUCCUACACUGGCUCGCGACAAACGUAACCCUCGCCAACCCCUUGUCCUCGACGUCCCCACGCGCUCUCACUAUCCCCAACGGCCCCGUCCCCUAUCUGCAGCCCUCCCCUCCCGUGGGCGAUAGCCCUCACGAUUACACAUGGAUUCUGUUCCCACAGCCAGUCGAUUUCUCUAUCCCCGCAAAGUACAGCAAUCUGACCAACGCGCGCGUGCCGUUCAAUGUGAGCCAGUUUGUCGCCGAUGUUGGCCUCGGAACCGCGCUUGCGGGGAACUGGAUCAUGGUGCAGAAUCUCACUGGGAGCGCCACGACGUCGUAUCCGCCUGCGAGAACAACUGUAAUGGGAAGUUCGACGGGGACCGCGACCGGGAGUAUGGCGACGACUACGAGCCCGGCGAAUGCUACGGCUCCAGUUGAGUUUCCGGGCGCUGCUGUGCAGGUGCUAGGCGGUAGCGUCAUGUGGGUUGGCGUGGCGACUGCGAUGUUGGCUGGAUUUGCUGCUGUUGUUUUGUAA